CGUCGGGUGGCGGUGUACUGGUGUACCGUGUCCGACGGCCCGCCGAACUGUACCGCUCACCGUCCUUUCUGUUGCAACGUUGGCGUCGUCAACACUUGUGCAACGCCGUUGAAUUUUUGUGAACGAAUUUUAUCCGAAAACAUCUCAAAAUGGUGAGUAUCAAGAACAUUUAUAUUUACGCGCGCGCCUCGUCCGUUACGACCGCCAUCCAAAUUUCCCUUGUCCCGGCUGAUCGGUUAACCGGGUAGGCCGUGAAUCUGGGUUCUUCUCUGACGUGGUUAGUGACGACUGGCGGCCACUCUAUUGUCUAUCCGUAUGGUAUUUUAUUAUUAUGCCCGUUGUCGGUGCCGCGGGCUGGCUACAUAGUUGUCGUAUGGUCCGUUUCCCCAGGAGUUUCCUUCAAGAGGACCUCGACGAACGCACUUCCUAGGUUUUCCUCCUCCUAGGUUUCCUGGUUUUGACCUUAUAUCCCUCGAAAAUCCUCGUUUAUCUAAGGUUAUCUGUGUAUCCCAUUUCCCACGUUUAUCUGGGAUAAUGCGUUUUGAAAUUUCCAUCUUGGUUAAGGGUAAUUAAGGUAAAUUUUCUCUCACAAGUUGAAUCCCUUCCCCCUUCGUAAGUGGUAAUUACGAUUUUCAUCCUACUUUAAUUAACUUGAUAUCUCGCCUUAUGGUCACAUAAUAUUUAGCUAUCAAACUGUUUAGAUUACGUGUCGCGAAUGUGGUCAAUUGAUUAAGUUUAAUGUUUAUGUUUGUUUGAAAUAUAAUAUUUUGGGCAUUAAAUGGACAAUUUCCCAUAUUUUCUUUCCUUAUAUUCUAUUGAAAACUGCCAAUACAUCAAAUUUUAAAAAUUUGAAACUUAAUGAUGUACAAAAUAACUCGAUUUCGUUUUCAUGUAUACCUAUUUCCACUCAAGUAUGGUAGAUACCGAUAAACUUACACAUGUCCCUACUAGCAAAAGUAAACUAGAAUUAUUAGAUUAUUGAUUAAUUUAUUAUGGUUGUAUCACCAAUAAACAUUUAAAAAUCAUAUAAGCACCUUUGCUUAAAUCUGUAAAGGACCUUAAACUCUUGAUUUUAUUAUUAUUUUUUUCCAAUUAAUAUCUUAUGUUAAGUAAUUAUUGAUAUUUAUAAGGCAUAAAAUUUAACAACGGUAAUAUCUAGUCGACAAUAUAGAUACAUGAUGUUUCUUUAACCAACAUCAAGUCUUUACCAUCAAUAUUUUGUCUACUCUUGUAAUAAUACUAUUAUGAGCUCAUUUUAUUUUCUGUCUAUUUAAGAAGUAAAAUUAAUAAUAAUUUUGUCUUAGUUACUUAAUUUAAAAUUGUGUGCAUUACGUUUUUUAAAAUUGCAAAAGAGUAUGUACAAUUAUAUUAUUUAAUUAAAUUAUGAAUGAUGACAUUUUUCUUACCUGAAUAUCUGUGGAGGGAAAAAUGAUUUAAUGAGUCUGACAAAAUCUUAAUUAAUUUAAAUAAACAAAUAAAUGAUGACAAUAUUAUUAUCCUGACAAACCUUUGGAGGGAAUUACUGAUUUAAUGAGUCUGACAAAUAAAUAUCUCCUUGAUUGAUUAUCUAAUAGUAAUGUACCUACACAAUACCUAUUGAAAUUACUUUAAACGCCAUAGGUGAACUUCACAGUAGAUGAGAUCCGUAAGAUGAUGGACAAGAAGAAGAAUAUUCGUAAUAUGUCCGUCAUUGCCCAUGUAGAUCACGGAAAAUCAACUUUAACUGAUUCUUUGGUUUCAAAAGCUGGUAUUAUUGCUAGUGCCAAAGCUGGAGAUAUGCGUUUCACUGAUACUCGUAAAGAUGAACAAGAUCGUUGUAUCACAAUUAAGUCUACUGCCAUUUCUAUGUACUUCGAAUUGGGAGAAAAGGAUUUGGUUUUCAUCAAGAAUCCAGACCAACGUGAUCCAGAAGAAAAGGGUUUCUUAAUUAAUUUGAUAGAUUCUCCCGGUCACGUCGAUUUCUCCAGUGAAGUUACUGCUGCCCUUCGUGUUACUGAUGGAGCUUUAGUUGUUGUCGAUUGUGUGUCAGGUAUAUACUAUUUACUAUAUAUUAUGUAGUAGGUAUAUAUUUAUAUUGUUCAAUUUUAAUGAUGAUAAUUAUUUAAAGCUUUUGACAAGUUAGAUGAAAUUAUUUUACCCUUCUCCACGUCUGAAAGAUUGAAAAUGUAUAUAUAUUAACAUUUUGAUGUUUUUACUUGGUCUGUGUUAAUAUAAUAUAAUAUUAUUUUACAAAGGUGUGUGUGUACAAACUGAAACUGUAUUACGUCAAGCCAUUGCUGAAAGAAUCAAGCCAAUUUUAUUCAUGAACAAAAUGGACCGUGCCUUAUUAGAAUUGCAAUUGGAAUCUGAAGAUUUGUACCAAACUUUCCAACGUAUUGUUGAAAAUGUUAACAUUAUUAUUGCUACAUAUUCUGAUGAUAGUGGUCCUAUGGGUGAAGUUCAAGUAAUAUUAAUAUUUAUAGUACAAUGUUUUAUGUUUAUGCAUUAUUUUAUACCUUGAUGAUGAUAACUAUUAAAACUAUUGAUGUAAUAUAUGAAAUAUUCACACCCUUCUCCACGUCUGAGAGAUUAUAAAAUAAAUGUAUUAUAUUGUUCAAAUUAAAAUACUAUUAAAAAAUUAAAAUACUAAUUAUAGUAAAAAAAAAAAAUAGGUUGACCCUAGCAAAGGAAGUGUUGGAUUUGGAUCUGGUCUGCAUGGUUGGGCUUUCACAUUAAAACAGUUUGCUGAGAUGUAUGCCGAGAAAUUUAAGAUUGAUGUUGUCAAGCUCAUGAACAGGUAUGAUUUACUUUUAAUGUUUUAUUUUAAAUAUAUGCAAUUUUCAUUAUUAUUUUGUUAGAUUGUGGGGAGAAAAUUUCUUCAACCCAACAACAAGGAAGUGGGCUAAGCAAAAGGAUGACAACAACCAACGUUCAUUCUGCAUGUACAUUUUGGAUCCCAUCUAUAAAGUAUGUUAAUGUUAUUGAACUUAUUUAUGACUAAUGAUGAUGUUCUUGCACACCAAUGCUCCUGAGAUUGCUCUGUGAGGAUACUUUAAGAACGGCCAACUGAAGUUUACUUGAUUUUUAUUUAAUCCCAACCUAUGAUGAUGUUCUUUGCACACCAAUGCUCCUGAUAAUAUAUUUGACGAUAUCUUAAGAACGGCCGUCUGAGGUUUUAGUAAUAUUGUAUUUAAUUAUUAUCUUGUGAUGAAAAUAAUAAGCAUACCAACUAAGUAUACUGAUGUAUACUGUUUAUUGAUGAUUCUAUAAGAACGGCCGACUGAAGAUAAUGCAAUAUUUAAUUUAAUUUUUAAUAAUAAUAGUGAUUUUUAUAAGCCAAUGAUGAUUAUUUAUCACAGACCUGUUCUGAGUAAUUAUUGAUGAAAUUUAUUUUUAUAGUUGGCUGAUGGUUUAUAAUAAUUACUAAUGUUUUAUAUAUGAUGAUUAUAUAGAUGUUGUUCAAUUAUGCCUAUUUUGUAUUAAGUGGUUUUUAAAUAAAGAUACUUAUUUAAUUGUUCAAAGGUGUUUAAUUCCAUCAUGAACUACAAAAAAGAAGAAGCUACUGAUCUUUUAAAGAAACUUGGAAUUGAACUUAAACACGAAGAUCAAGACAAGGAUGGAAAAGCUUUAUUAAAGGUAAAUUUAUGUUUGCAUUUUCUUUCAGUUUUUUUUGCUUUUUUAUUUUUUAAUUGCAUCUAAUUAUUUUGCAUUUAAUAUUUAUUAUAUUAAUAUAUGUUUCAAUAAAAUUGCAUAUUUACAAUGAUGAUAGAAAUUUAUUCUGAAAAGAAUAUAUAAUGUUGAUAUUCAUAUUAACCCUUCUCCAUCUGAGUUCAUAUUAAAAUACAUUGAUCACAUUAAAUUACAUUCUUUUUUCACUAUGUUAACGACUUGCUUUGAAAAAGAUAACUUUAUAUUAAAUCUUCUCCAUUUGAGUUGUUAAUGAUUUAUUAUUAUUAAUACUUUAUUUUUUUUGUUGCCUUUGUUUCUUAAAUAAUACAGGUUGUUAUGCGUACAUGGUUGCCUGCUGGAGAAGCUUUACUUCAGAUGAUAGCCAUUCAUUUGCCAUCUCCUGUAGUUGCUCAAAAGUACCGUAUGGAAAUGCUGUAUGAAGGUCCUCACGAUGAUGAAGCUGCUCUUGGUGUUAAGGUAAUGGUUGGUUAUUAAUUUUAAUAACUUUUUCUAUUAUAUUGUUUGUGUGUAGAAUUGCGAUCCUGAUGCGCCACUUAUGAUGUACAUCUCUAAAAUGGUACCAACAUCUGACAAAGGUCGUUUCUACGCUUUUGGGCGUGUAUUUUCUGGAAGGGUAAGUCCAAAAAACAAUGAUUGUAUUUAUUAAUAUUAUUAAUAAAUUAUUGUUUUUCUAGGUUGCAACUGGUAUGAAAGCUCGUAUCAUGGGGCCAAAUUACACUCCUGGUAAGAAAGAAGAUUUAUUUGAAAAAGCUAUCCAAAGAACAAUUUUAAUGAUGGGACGUUAUACUGAAGCUAUUGAAGAUGUACCCAGUGGUAUGCCUUUUUCAGAGAUGCUGUUUCAUUUAAUGUUUAUUAUUGCAUUUUUAUUUUUGUUUCGUAAAACUAUUUAGGAAACAUUUGUGGUUUGGUUGGAGUUGAUCAGUUUUUGGUUAAGACCGGAACAAUCACAACUUUCAAAGAUGCUCACAACAUGAAGGUCAUGAAAUUCAGUGUAUCUCCUGUUGUGCGUGUAGCUGUAGAGCCCAAGAAUCCUGCCGAUUUACCAAAAUUGGUUGAAGGACUUAAACGUUUGGCCAAGUCCGAUCCUAUGGUCCAGUGUAUUAUUGAAGAAUCUGGUGAACACAUUGUUGCCGGUGCUGGGGAAUUACAUUUGGAAAUUUGUCUGAAGGAUUUGGAAGAAGAUCAUGCUUGCAUCCCGAUCAAGAAAUCUGAUCCUGUAGUGUCUUACAGAGAAACUGUUAAUGAAGAAUCUGAAAUCAUGUGCUUGUCCAAAUCUCCUAAUAAACACAACAGAUUGUUUAUGAAAUGUCAACCUUUCCCUGAUGGUUUGGCCGAAGAUAUUGAAGAAGUAAGUUUUGUUAACAUUUUUAGAAGUCCUUAUUUGAAUUUUUUAAUUUGUUCUGUGCAGGGCAAAGUUAACCCUAGAGAUGAAUUCAAAGCCCGUGCCCGUUAUUUGGGUGAAAAAUACGAAUAUGAUGUUACUGAAGCACGUAAAAUCUGGGCUUUUGGUCCUGAUGGAACUGGCCCUAACUUGUUAAUCGAUUGCACUAAAGGAGUGCAGUACCUCAAUGAAAUUAAGGAUUCAGUUGUUGCUGGUUUUCAAUGGGCAACCAAAGAGGUACUUUAUUAAUUUCUGUUAUACUAUUUUAUUUGAGUUUUAUGCAAUAAAUAUUUGGAAUCUACUGAAAAAACUUGUAUGUGGUCCAGAAGUUCUUACAGUAUUAGUAUAAAUUAAUUGUACAUGAUUUUCAUGAAGUACGUCAUACUUCUCAGAUAUUGAUCAUUAAAUGUAAAUUUGCUAAUAUUGUACAAUUGUUAUUAUGUCACAUUUUCCGCCAGUAUUUUUCUUAUGAUUUUUUAAAUAUUAUGUUUGAUAUUUUUCCUUUUAUGAAAUAUGUUCAUAAUUUGAGCAUGUAAAUAUUGUACUGAUUACUUAUUAUUGGUUAAUUUGAUUAAAAUCAACAAAUGUGAUUUGGUGAAAUUAUUAUCAGUAUAAUGUAAAUGAUAACAUAUUUUUCAUGAUUUCUAUUUUGAUGAUUACAAAUCUCUGAGUGUACUAUAUACAUCUUCUAAAACUUCUAGGAUUACUAUGAAAGGAAACUUCUAUGGUUUGUUAAAAUCAAAAAUUCUGAAAUUAUACCAAACUAUAGGAUUAAUAUUAUACUUCGAUGCUAUGAUGAUACUACUUCGAUGCUAUGAUGAUACUUUUGUUAUAUCUUUCGCGGUUUCCACCAGAGAGAUAUGCGGUUUCCNACUAUGAAAGGAAACUUCUAUGGUUUGUUAAAAUCAAAAAUUCUGAAAUUAUACCAAACUAUAGGAUUAAUAUUAUACUUCGAUGCUAUGAUGAUACUUUUGUUAUAUCUUUCGCGGUUUCCACCAGAGAGAUAUUCCUAUCUUGAUGAUGGCUGAAAGUGUCUGAGUACUAAAUAAUCUUGUAGAAAUAUAUUAAUUCUAUUGUAUGUUUCAAGAAAAAAAAAUAUUGGUAGAUCUGAAAUAGAAUAACUUUUAAUUGCUAUGAUGAUAAUUUUGUUAUAUCUUUCGCGGUUUCCACCAGAGAGAUAUUCGUAUCUUGAUGAUGGCUGAAAGUGUCUGAGUACUAUAUAAACUUGUAGAAAUAGAAUAAUAUACUUAUUUGCUAUGAUGAUAAUUUUGUUAUAUCUUUCGCGGUUUCCACCAGAGAGGUAUUCCUAUCUUGAUGAUGGCUGAAAGUGUCUGAGUACUAUAUAAACUUGUAGAAAUAGAAUAAUACCGUUUGUUCCAAGGAAAAAAAAAUGUCUGUUGUUUAAAUUGAAAGAUUUGAAAUAUAAUAAUAUAAUUAUUAUUUACCAUGAUGAUACUUUUGUUAUAUCUUUCGCGGUUUCCACCAGAUAUUGCUGAUGGUUGAAAGUGUCUGAGUAAUUUAUUAAUAGAUUGAAUUACUACUUAGUCAUAAAUAGUUAUUUUAAAUUAUUUUUAUUUUUGAUUCUCUUGAUAUGUUGAUUGCAAUUUAAUCUUUGUAUUAAUUUAUGAGAUACAUUAUUCAAUAUAAACUUUUAAAUAAAUAGCAUUAUAAUUUAUUUUAGGGUGUAUUAGCUGAAGAAAAUAUGCGUGCAGUUAGGUUCAACAUUCAUGAUGUUACAUUACAUGCUGAUGCUAUUCAUAGAGGAGGUGGUCAAAUCAUUCCAACUGCGCGUCGUUGUAUGUACGCUUGCAUUUUAUCUGCUCAUCCUAGAAUUAUGGAACCUGUGUACUUGUGUGAAAUUCAGGUGUGUUUAUUUAUAAAGAUUUUUUAUUUUUUGAAUUUGAUUUAAACCUAAAUACUUAUUGAUAUUUUUAUAUUUCAGUGCCCUGAAGUUGCAGUAGGUGGUAUUUAUGGUGUUUUGAACAGACGUAGAGGACACGUUUUUGAAGAAAGUCAAGUUCUUGGAACACCCAUGUUCGUUGUCAAGGCAUACUUGCCUGUCAAUGAAUCAUUUGGUGAGUAUUUUAAAAUAUUUAACAGUUCUUUUUUAUUUAUUUUUUUAAAAACUAUGAAGCGACUCCUUCUGUGUAUACAGUUGUAAUACUAAAUAUACUACCAUAUACAAUUUUGUUUUAAUAAAACAAAAUAUUCCACAGUUUGCCUCUUAUACUUUGUAUAAAUAAAGUAAAAGACUUUCCUUUUUGUGGUAAAUUAAAAUAAGGUGAAUGUCGCUAUGUUUAUCAGAUUUAUGUCUGAUGCAAUACAAUCAUUUUACCACACUACCUAUAAAUAUUGAAACAUGGUUUUGUUUUACUUUCAGUCACAAUUUGCAUCUUUCACUUUUUUCAUUGAUAUGUGAAAGAACUAUAUUGUGACAAAAGAAAAUAUCAAGUUUAUGUGGUGUACAUUUAUCUGAUUUCUAUCUGAUACAAUACAAAUCAUAUUACUACAUAUAUUUUAAUUUUUGAACAAAUAUUUUAGAUCCACAAUUUGCCUCUUUUGCUAUUGUAUCAAUGAAGUAAAAGACUUUCCUUUCCGUGGUAAAUUAAAAUUAGGUAUAUGUCGCUAUGUUCAUCAGAUUUUUAUCUGAUGCAAUACAAUCAUUUUACUAUAUUCCCUGAAAAUGCAAAUUUAACAUAGUUGGUUAUAUUAAUAUUAUCUUCCAGCACAAAUGAAUCACUCUGUAGUUGGCCGACAGUUUCAUUUGUUUGUAAGCAAAGACAGUGUUGAUAGUGCAGAUGGAAGUAUACAAAUUUCAUAGCAUUUCAUUAAAACGCUGUCGUUGAACCUCUAUCCUUAUGUUCAAUAACGAUAUUAAGCUAUAAUGAAAUGAAACAUUUUUUUUUUUGCUUAACUUUUAUUAUUAACAUUUUUAAAGGAUAGAUAUUAUGUAAUAUACCAAUACUAAUUAAUGCAUUUUUCACAGGAUUUACUGCAGACUUGCGUAGUAAUACUGGAGGUCAAGCUUUCCCACAGUGUGUGUUUGAUCACUGGCAAGUAUUCCCUGGAGACCCAUGUGAAUCUGGCUCAAAACCUUAUGUCGUUGUUAUGGUAAUUAUCUUGAUCUAAAUUAUUUAACGUUUAAUAGUUGCUAACUUUUUUUUUUUAUAAUUCUCAGGAAACGCGUAAACGUAAAGGUCUUAAGGAUGGAUUACCCGAUAUCAAUUCAUACCUCGACAAAUUAUAAACAUAAUAUUAACAUCUUUGAGAUCGUCGCAUUUUAUUUUUAUUAUUAUUUUUAUUGUUAACACAAUAGUAUAAAAGACUCGAUGUUUUAUUAUUUUCAGAUAAAAUAUUAUUUCGGUCUUGAGUUUGAACAAUUCUGAUUGUAUAAUAUGUUAAUUUUUCAUAAAACAAAAUAUUGAAUGGUUCCGUAUUAUUGCUCCUUCCAAAUAUAUGUUUAUAUAAAAUAAAAACCAUCAUUUAUUUGUUUCCAUAAAAAAAAAAAUACCAAAAUACUAUUGAUCAUUUAUUGAUAUUAUGUGUUUGUCGAAAGCAUUUGGUAAUGCUGUGCAUAUGUCACUAAAAUACCUAAUAAACAAAAGUAUAAUAUUACGUUUUUUUUUUUUUUUUUUUUUUUUUUUAAAUCUUAGUAUAUAUUUUUAUAAGUCCUCGGCCUUUAUUAGCUGGUUGUGAUAUUUAAGAUUUUAUAUAUAUGAAAUAUUUUUAUAUUCAAAGUUGUUUUUUUUUUUAACCACAUUGUCUGACAAGGAGGAAAUAAAUUUUUUAUUGCACUUUAUUAUUAUAUGAACCACAUCAUUGUUUACUAGUAGUAUAUUUGGGUUGUUUAUAGUUUUAUAUAGGCUUGGUUUUAGAGCUUAGUGAAGGACUUAUUGGUUAUACUAUGUAUGUGAAGUUUUCUACAUAAAAACUUACUCCCGAAGUGUAGACUUGCACCUUUGUUUAAAGGUAACUACUCUGGUUGGGUAGGUAAUAUUUUAGUUAUCGAAAUGAUCUGGAAAAAACUAGAGGUUAUUGGUAUAACUGCCAAUAUUCACGGUAUUACUGUUUUCAUUGUUUUUAUUAUAUUUUUACCCAGAAAUUUUGCUCCAUUCUGUAAAUUACCAGAGAUCGAUUUUGUUUCUAUAAUAAUAUACCACUGACCGACUAACUCAUUAUCCAAGAUAAUUUUCGUAAUAGGGAAAAACUUGAAAAUUAAAAUUAAUUAAUAUUUACUGCAGCAGUGUCUGAUUAUUUUAAUGUGUUCGAAUUUGUAUUUUCCACCAGAAAUAUUAAUUCAAACGAAAAAUUGCAAGAAACUGAUUUUGUUCCUUUUAACACAUCCACUGACUCAGAAAUUAUUUUUUUGACAUUUUCAGUGUUUUUCUUAAUUUAGGAAAACUGAACAAGACUAAAUAUGCAUUUUUUUUUUUUAAAUUUUGACAACAAUUUAUUAAAAUUUGAUGAAUGGUAUUUUUCUACUUUAAGUAUUACUCUAAUCGAAAAACAAGAAUUUUUGUUGAAUUUUUAAUCUUUGUGACAGAAAGUAGUUUUUUAUUAAUCAACCAUACUAAUAAAAAAAGCUCAACAAGUUAGGGAAAAUGUACACAAAUUAUUAUUUUAUUAUUUUUAAAUUUUCUUUUAUAAUGUAAAUUAAGUUAAGAUUUUUUAUAGACUAAAUUUUGACAGAACUUAAUAUUACAUUUUAAUUUUACAAGUUGUAUGUAAUUUUUAUUCGGUUGGUACUCUGGAUGAAUUUGCGACCAAAUAGAAAAUUCAUGACAAUUUAACUGGAAGUUCCUUAAAAGUCAUUUUUUGUAGUCAAUAAAAAAAAUUUGAGCUUUGUUUUUUUUUUUCUAUAAAAGUAUUUUAAAAUAACAUUUUGAUAAAUAUCAUUUGAGUAAAUUAUAUGUGGAACAAAAUUUUCAUUUUUUGUUUUUAAUUUAAUUAUGUAUAUUGCCAAUUUAAGAACAAUGGUGAUGUCAGAAUUGAGUAAACUGACUUAAUUUCAAAAUUAUAGCUUUUAAAGUUUUGAUAUUAUGUGGUUUUUUUUUAUGUUAUGUUAAAUAACUCAAUGUUGUUAAGUUUACAUUAUCUCUGUUGGAGUCUAGUGGUGACACUUGGUCAUUCCGGAGAUUGCAAGUUCAAACCCGAAUAAUACAAUUUUUUUGUUUUAAAUUUAAUAUUUAUUUUGAUAUUAAUAUAUUAUAUACAUACAAAUUUAUUUAAUAAAACAAAUUAUAAAAAUGUUGAUCAAAUUUUAAUGUUGAAUAAGUUGAUUUCUGCAAUAGUAUACCUUAUAUCGAAUCCUUAUCUUUUCCUAACCCUUACACAGCGUCUAUGUAGACUCUUUUAAAAGGAAAUUUUCUUCGGGUGGUACUUCAGG